AUGUCUCUACAUUCGGAACACCUGAGCCGGUCCCUGUCUGAUUAUGGAAGCAGGAGCCAGAUAAGCCAAAGCUAUGUCGAUGGAGCCAGGUUUGAGCCUGAUGACCUUCUUCAGAAACACGAGCAUCUGUCGCGGCCUAUGAUAUUUGAAGGCGUUGUCAACAACAGAGGUGAUCCCAGGAAACUGAGACAGCAUCAAGACGACGACAGACAUGACACAAGAGGAAGGUCUGUGGCAGGUGAUACAGACGCUUUUAUCGUGAUACCAGUUGGACAUGGCGAACAUGACAGGGACGGUACCGACUACUUGUACAGCAGCAGAUACACCAGGCGUGUUUCUGCACCAGCCUCUGGUAGAAUAUUGAGCGGGCAGAGAACCAACAUGGCUUCUUCCAUGAGGAGACGUCAGAGCCAUGAACUCGUGAAACAUUCAGAAACCAGUGACAUUUCUGAAGCAUCUCCUACAUCUGGUUCAGAUAUGCCCCAGUAUAUCCGACAUUCAGCUGUGGUAUGUAACAGUGUGCCCAAGUCCGUGUCUCACUUGGCAGGGACAGAUGUUCCAACAGGACGGUCUGCAGUCUAUGCUGACGAUGUGAGUUCGGUCUUUCGGAACUUCUUUCACUCCAGCCUGAGCAGUGACCAGUCUGAUACAUGCGAGCUUUCAGAAAGUCCUCUAGGAAAUGAAAUCCACACAGCUUUUAUGGAAUCUGGUAUGCAUUUAGCUGGUUCUCAGACUUCAGAAGAUGGAACAACGCUGAUCACCUCAGCUGCUAGAAACAGACAUUCACAUGAACCACAAGAUGACACAGUUAGUAUCUAUGACUUUAUAGCCUCUGAGGGAGAGGCGGUGGCUGCGGAAGAUGACAGCAGCGAUGAUGAUUUAGAUCCUGGCUAUGGUUUCCAUCAUCUCCAGCAUCGGCUGACACUGUUUCUGAUGAUGGCGCUGUUUGGAACUGACGAGGAAUUUCUCUGCAAGAUACAGUGUCCAAUUGUCCAGUACAUCAUAGAGCAGCCCUACCAAGGGAUGUUGGUGAUGUCCUCGCACAGGUUCUAUGUCCUCAAGUUCACCUCCGAGGACCACAGGCAGCCCCCGGACCAGUGGAUCCAGUGUGUGGAGAUCCAGCCCAUUCCUGAACUGCGCUACAUUGAUAUGGGCUUGGGCGGUCAAAGUUUGAGGCUCGAGUUUGUCACUGACUGCUCCAGCUUCACUCUCAUCAUUGGCAACAGGGACAAGACGGUCCAGUUUGUGGAAGCUCUUCACGGUCACCUGACCAGUUACGCCAUACGUCACGGAAUUAACUCAACCGUGGUCGUUAAUGAGGACACGGAUCAGUCAACACUCGACAACCUUGACAGAGAUGUGGUGUCCCAGGUGACCCCGGGACAGAAGUUGCUGUAUUACUGUAUGGGCUCCCUGGAGAAAGGUGUGGGUGAGCGCAUCCCUGUGAGUGUGGUUGUCAGCUCGAGCGAGAUCUGCCUGGUUCUCGCCAACCACCAGUGGCCACAACCCCGUCUGCAAGGCCCGGUUACCGUAGAGACUGUAGGUAAACAGUUCACCGUCCUGGCGCGGCAGAGAAUCAACAACGUUGCCUCCCUGAAAGUCUGUCCCAUCUCCAUGAAGAAAGUGAGCCUGGAACUGUUCGCUGGAGCAGACGACCACUCUUCGUGUUGGAAUCUAACUUUGGCUUCCCGCCAAAACACCGCAGACUUCAUUGAUGCCAUCAGUGGGCCCUGGUCUCAGGAGUUUGGGGUGGGGCUGGAGGUGACACAUCUCCAGCUGGAUUUCUGA